ACGUCGCGACGUCCGGAUACGGUCUCUUCUCUCUACGAUAUUUAUGUCUCUAAACAAAACCGUUAAGUGCGAUAUCGGAAGAUGAGACACCGUCUUAUUGCAAUAAAAAGUCAUCUCAGUCGUCCGAGAUCUGCGUCGCUCGAUGUUGCUCCGGUUGUUGCUCGGCCGAAAGCGAAAGUAUAGCGAAUUUCGCGUGGAGGUACUGUGUAAUAUCGGAUUUAAUGCUAAUUGAAUGCUGUUUCUGUUAUUAAUAUUAAUUUUUGUCGCGAUUUCGCUGCAAAAAAUGACCGAUCACGCAGCUUCCGUUUUUACAACUGCGUAAAGAUGCAUCGGCGAUAUUUACAAGAUGCACCGUAAGGAAAUGCCAAUAUUCUCCUAAAUGACAGGAUAAAUGUAAACACUUGCGCAAUUACGUACAAAUAAAAGGAGAUUCCACGAAACUUGAAAUAUAUUUAAAAAUUUUUUGUAAGUGAUAAACAACAGUGUUUUAUCUUGCACAAUUAAUUUGUAUAUUAAAUUUUUUAUAAGAAAAAGACUUCUAUCUUCUCUUUAUCCACAAUGUGCAAGAACUGCAUGCAUAUUUAUCCAGUUCUCUUUACCCAAGAUCGUCACCGCUAUUAUCUCCGAAAAUAUUGACAUUCCUCGACGGGGCACCCUGUAUAUCUCUGCGCCAAAACGCAGAAACACUUUCAUUUAGCAUUCACGAAAAUCAAUUGGUCGUUCUAUUUUUUUCUUUCUUUUUUUUAUGAACUCCGUGUCGCGUUUUAUUUCGCGAAGCAACAAUUGUCCGACGCGAUUAUAUUUCAUCGUUUUGUCGACUGUAAUUUUAAUAAAAUAUUAUUUUAUUUAACAUAUAGACUGUAUUUUGAAAAAUCUCGUCAGUAUCAGAGGCGCAAUAAAUUAACAAACCAUAAGAAACUAAUAAGGAAAACGGAGCCUAAUCAAUGCAAAGUUUGAUCAAUGUCACGUUAGUCACACAACGAAUAUAUUAUUAUUUCCAUUUUUAAUCUACACGAGUCGAAUGCGGGAUUAAAAAUGCUAUUCCAAAUCCGCGGCCUUGUAAUACAUUCAGAUAAAUUCAGAUGUAAACAUAUUUUUAUGUGAUCUCGACAUCCUUUUAAACGUCUCGAUUCGACUUUCGCGUCGAUAGUUAAAUUUAAAGUUCACAGAUAGAGAAACGCAUGUGAAAAACGACGGUGCAUUGUUGUGGAAGAAAAAUUUCUUCACCGAACCGGUGGAAUUUCGAGACGUAGUGACGACUAUGUCAGAGUGAUCUUUGCAAUUGAUCGAACGACGAACGUGCGUCAUCCAUCAUGCAGAGCCCUAGAUUGUAGUUCACGACUCUACUGUUGUCCUUGCUGAUGGUGAUAAGGAUAUUGAUGGUCUCAAGUGAACUCUACUUCCCGCAAUCGAAUUUUACGCUGAGACUUCCUUAUUUGGCACGAGACAGAGCGUUCAGUCCAAUGAUCAAAUUAAUUGGCCUUAGAACCCUUCGAAACGAUUCUUCCACACCGGAAAAUGUGAGGUACGAGAUCUUCCCGUCGCAGGAGAAGUUCGUAAUUUAUCAGAAGAACACCUCGAACCUUUUGCUACGGAGUCUUCCAAAAAACGGUGCUCUCGAUACUAUAGUCGUCAAGGCGACCGAGAAGAAUUUCGGCAAAGCGGUGCUCGAGAUAAAAGUGCGACCGGUACCGGUGAAAACUAUUAAUUGCACGGAUUACGUACAGAGGCGUCGGUCCACAAGGUUUCUAGUGUUACAGGACAUGUGCUUCUGGAACACAUCGAGGUACAGGAUUUACGAGAAUCAACCAGUUACUAUGAUUGGCACGUUCGGCCCGGAGGCGUAUAGCUCUCUGUGUCCCGAAUUUCGCGUCGCCUAUGAAUUAUUGAAUGGAAGCGAGUACUUUCACAUAGUUGACGGAAAACUAUUCGCGAACGCAUCUUUAGAUCGAGAUAUAAUCGGCCCUCCCAAAGGACCUGGACCUCGCACGAAGAUCCAGGUGACGUGUAUCGUUUGGGAUGAAAAGACUGGACUGCAGCACACGCAUACGAACAUUCUCAGCAUCGAUAUACUGGAUGAGGACGAUAAUCCUCCCUUAGUGCAAGGCAACACUUCCAUCGUUGUAAAGUUUCAAGGCUUCAAGGAGGGAGACCGAUUAGUGGAUGGGAAAGAUAUCGUUUUGAAGGAUGCGGAUGUGGUGACCAGCAACCAAUACAACGUUCGCUUGCUCGGCGAUACUCACAAGGCGUUGAACAUGCAUUACGAGAUUAUGCCAAUUGAGCAUGCUAUGUACCCGAAUCAGGCGCCUUCCACCGCCAUUCUUCCCGUAAUCUACGGACGGAAAACGCUGCUACCGGAAUCGCCAUACCGCGUGGUCCUUCAGAUUACAGAUGAGUCGCUCCGCGAAGGAUACGGCCCGAAUUCGAUAAACAUCAGCCUAACUUUCAACGGUCCGGUAGAUCAAACUCCAAUUACAACGUCGCCGUCAAUUGCCACACGCCGGGCGUCGUUCUCAUAUCCGAAGAGUGUGAAGAUCGCUCGGAUUUCACCUAAAUAUCUUCGCGUGGCAAAACCCUCCUCGAAGCCUCAUCCCUCGGUAACAUUUACCCUGCAUAAUUCGAGCGCCUUUAACGUUACCCGACAGGACGGCAUCGUUUACGUAUCCGACGAAACUAAACUGCGAUCCGAGCGCGACGUCAUUCAACUGAAAUUAGAAUGGACCGGAGCGGAUAGCAAUAUGACGGUGCAAGUAAAUCUGAUCGAAGUGCCGUCGUCGAAGAUCGAUAUGUGCGGGCAAUCUAUUCAGGAGGAGAAGCAUUCAUGCGCGAACGCGGAAUCGCGGGAAGAUUGCGAGAAGUCCUGUGGAACUGGCAGCGGAGUCCUCAGCAACGACAGUUUCGUGAGUCGAUGCAUGUGGAGAAGUAACAAUCGGUCCAGCGUUGGUCAAAUGUCGAAAUACUACUCUACCUGCUCGCCGGAUUUGACUCAUUGUCCGGAUAACGAAUGCGACGAGCUGGAGCGCAGCGAUCCACGCAUAUGUCCGCAGGACUGCACCGUUGAAUCCGAAGUUUUCCUGGCCCACAUGAACGAGGGCGACCGCGGCAUAAAGAGCGGCCUCAGUACUUGUGCCUGCGAUGAUAGGGGGCAAUGUCAGUGCGGAAUCGAGUUUUUGCCAAAGAAACCAUCUGGAGGCGGAGGCAAAAAAAAUGGGACCGUCACGCCGGGCGCACGCAAAGCAUCCAGCGGACCGUGCGGCCCUACAUGCAUGAUAGGCGUCAUUGGAGCCAGUCUGUUUGUACUCAUAGUGAUCCUGGGGUCAUUCGUCACGUGGAGAUAUCGGAUGGCCGCGAAGGGCGCUCGACGGGAAUGCAAACACAGGGUGGAUGAUGCGGCAAAUGGUAUUGGUAUUUUGCCGUCCGACUACAUCGAUCGCGGUGAUGGUCUUCUGAUCGGUCUAGACACCUUCACGGCGGCAAAUCGUCAUCUGUUGCUGCCUAAGACUUGUCCGCCGGAUCCGAAGUGGGAAUUUCCGCGAUCACUUCUGAAGAUCGAGCAGGUGCUGGGCGAAGGCGAGUUCGGGCGCGUUUUGCGCGCCAAAGCCAUGAAUAUCGGCGGAAUGCCCGGUGCCACGACUGUCGCUGUGAAAACUUUGAAGGAAGAUGCAUGCACGUCUGAACUGGCGGAUUUGCUAUCGGAAUAUCAGCUCCUGAAGGAGGCGCAGCAUCCGAAUGUGAUCCGGCUGCUGGGAGCGUGCACGACACCGCCAGGCGCGCCCGUCUACCUUAUCAUCGAAUUCGCCGAAUUCGGCUCCUUACGCAACUAUCUGAGACGCAGCCGGCACUUAGAGACGGAAGACAGAGUACCCGGCUCGACGUCUCUGCUUUCCACUUCAGCGAUCAAUGCCAGCGAGGAGUCGCAAUGCACCGAUAAUAAUGCAUCAAACUAUACUAUAACGCCACGAGAUAUUCUCUCAUUCGCCUGGCAAAUCAGCAAAGGAAUGACGUAUCUCGCCGAUAUUAAGUUGGUGCAUCGAGAUCUCGCUGCGAGAAAUGUUUUGCUCGCAACUGGCAAGGUCUGCAAGAUCUCGGACUUUGGUCUAACUCGCGAUGUGUACGAGGACGACGCGUAUUUAAAGAGAAGCAAAGGACGAGUGCCCGUAAAAUGGAUGGCGCCGGAAUCCCUGGCCGACCAUGUGUACACCAGCAAAUCGGACGUUUGGAGCUUCGGCGUGCUCCUGUGGGAGUUGGUCACGUUAGGAGCCUCGCCGUACCCUGGAGUGGACGUACAUAAUCUCUACAAUCUACUGAAGGCCGGCUACCGUAUGGAGAAGCCGCCCAACUGUUCGCAACAGCUAUAUAAACUGAUGGUGUCCUGUUGGCACCAAGAGCCUGCCAUGCGACCGUCCUUCAAGGAACUGACUAUGCAUUGGGAACGCAUGCUGGAGGAUGGCGUCGAAUAUCUCGAUCUUAAUCCACGAACCGUCCACAAUCAGGCCUAUUUCGCGUCCCUGCAAGUCUUAGAUAGUCCGAAUGAUACUGGCAACGAUCAAUUGAGCAACGGUACCGCCAAUACCGUGAAGACAGACAUCGUCAACUAUCUGGGCCGGAUUUCCUCCGAGCCGGUCACCAAGUGCGACAAGGUAGACAAGUUGCAGGCGUUCUGGCAACCGACUGUAGCGUCCUUCCCCGAAGAACCCGUGAAGUCGCCCUACGUGAACGACCGACCCGAGAGCCUGAACGCCAACCACUACGAGAGUCCUAUAAAGCUGAGGAACGUCAGUGUGACAAGCAAUAGCGAGAACGAUUUGAGGACACCACCUAACGAACGUCCUCAGUCCUAUAUCGACAUGCAGGGAAGGAAAUCUACGGAGACGGAGGACCUCCUGGUAUUCAACAGCAUGGAUGACGACAAGAGCGACAAUAACGUGACGAACUGAGCAAUGUAAUCUCGCAGCGAGUCUUUGACAAAUGAGAAAAUUUAAAAAAUGACGUAACAUGCCACUUGUCUGAGUCUCGGCGUGUUUUCGUUAUCAUGACAAAUGGAAGAAAAGCUGCAUGAUGGAGUGAAUGACGAUUGAAGAAUUGUGCGAGAGAGGUGAAUAUUUAUUUAACAAGAGAAUGAAAGAGAAAGAAAACUGUGAGCGAGCGAUUGGAAACGAAUGAUUCGAAUGGGAUACUGAGCGCCAUUUUUACGGGCGGUAUUUUGCACAAAUUGCGGAAAAUGACAAUGAUGAAGUAAAAAUGAAAAUGUGCUGAAUGGAUGCAGAUUUGCUGAAGCUGACUCUUUGCAGCAGCGAGUAUAAAUUUUGCGAAGUUGACUAAUUGUCAGCUGCGAAUUGAAGAAAUACGCAGAAACAAUUUUUGAGAUGACCGAAUGAACGAAACGCUCUGUAGAAAAUCAAGAGCAAACUAUAUCGCGCGAAGCGAUCACUAUACCAAAUAUAAAUUAGUAACUAAUUUGUCCUAUUUUUAUGUACUUAAAGUCGUACGACUGUUGAUCACUAUUGAUAAGACCGCUUUUAUUACUAUUAAUAAUAAUACUUAUGCAUUAUAAUCAUCCGUGCGAUUUCUGGAAGAAAAGACCACAUCAAAGUUUUCCAAUCAGCAUUUUAAAAUCUGUAUGUCACACUAUGCAACUGUGAUGAAGUUAGUGUUGCUCAUUGAGAACGACAAGCUUAGAAUUUACGAAUGCUGCGUACAGAGUGUCCUAAAUUACAAAGACUAAAUUAUUUCCUAAUUAUUACUAAUAAUUUUUAUCUCAUUAAAUUAAGCUUUAAUGAAUAACGAAAUAUUUGUAAAAUAGAUUUUAGCUUUAACUUAAUUUGAGAUUAUAUUACUGAAAUAUCUAAUAAUUUAAAUUAAAAUAAUUAAAAUGUUUAAAAUAAUCUUCUGUCAAAUCUUUCUUGAUAAAUUUCCGCGAAGUUGUGCGACAGAUAGGACGCCCUGUUCACGGCACUAUCGAUUUGAAACUUAAUCAUCAUCACGCUUACUUUGAAACGAGAUACUUUCUAUUGUCGCACUAGCUUUUGUGGCUUUCGAUACAAUACCGCUGAUCGCACGUCGAAAUGAUAUGAGCGAAGUGUAUGAAUAAUAAUUUGCGAGACGCGUGCGUGAGCUUCCGGUUAGUACGACAUCAUAUCUGAAGACGAAGACUGUUUUGCCGUGUUUCACCGUGAACAAAAUCGUCCCUUUUGUAUUUAUGUAUAAAAUGCAACACAUUCCACACGAUUAGCCUAGUUAUUUGUCGUACGAGUUUUUACAACUGCGUAUGAUUUCAACCUUAUACCACGUUUAACUUUUUUUUGUUACUCUUCGACGCGUUAACGACAACGAUAUGUAGUAUGCGCGUUGCAAACUGAUUAAUUACAUUUGUGCCAUGUUAUUUUCUUGUAAUUAAUAUAUUACAAAACAUAUAAAAAGAUGC